AUGGCCAUCUUCUAUCCAUUCUCCUCUUCACAACAACCCGCCGCACCACUUAUUGCUAGCAUCCUAGACUUCAUGACACAACUCAUCAUCACCAUCCGCACAGCUAUCCCCGUUGAUGUCAAUCCUGGCUCAGAAACUCGGCUCCAGAGGAGGAAUUCCGGUGAGUUUUGGCCUAAUUCGGAUAGUGAUCGAUUUGAUGAUCGUAAACUAAGUGACUUUGAUUUGAAAAAUGAUUUGGGUUUUGUGGAGAGUGGAAGGAUCGAUGUGGGUUUUGAAGAAAUUGGAGAAAUUGAGGCUAAAGAAAGGAAGUUUGAGUCACUUGAUGGCGAAGUUAGCAACUUUAAAGGAAAAGGUGAACUGGGUUUUGAAGAAAAUGUGAAGGCUCAAAUGGGUUUUGAAGGAUUUGGGGAGACUCAAAGUAAGGAUAACAAAUUUGUUAAGUUCUGGUCUGAUUCUAGUAUACACACUACACGAGGUAUAUUACGAAAAGAAAAUAUAAGCUAG